AUGCGGUACAUCAGCACUCGGGGAAUGGCCCCCCGGGUCGACUUUGAGGGAGCCCUCUUCUCUGGCUAUGCUCCUGAUGGGGGUCUCUUCAUGCCCGAGGAGCUCCCCCAGCUGAGCAUAGAGACCCUGCAUCAGUGGAGUACGCUGUCCUACCCCGGCCUGGUAAAGGAGCUGUGCACCCUGUUCAUUGGCCCUGAGCUCAUUCCAAGAGAUGUCUUAAAUGGUCUGAUCGACCAAGCCUUCAGCAGAUUCCGCCACAGAGAAGUGGUCCAUCUGUCCAGGUUGAGGAAUGGGCUGAACGUGUUGGAGCUGUGGCAUGGCGUCACAUAUGCAUUUAAGGACCUGUCCCUGUGCUGUACAGCACAGUUCCUGCAAUACUUCCUGGAGAAGAAGGAGAAGCACGUCACUGUGGUCGUAGGGACGUCUGGGGACACAGGGAGUGCUGCCAUUGAGAGUGUUCAAGGGGCAAAGAACAUGGACAUCAUCGUUCUGCUGCCCAAGGGCCACUGCACGAAGAUUCAAGAGCUCCAGAUGACAACAGUGUUGAGGGAGAACGUCCAUGUGUUUGGAGUGGAGGGCAACAGCGAUGAGCUCGAUGAGCCGAUCAAAGCUGUGUUUGCUGACGUGGCUUUUGUCAAGAAGCACAACCUGAUGAGCCUGAAUUCAAUGAACUGGUCCCGGGUCCUCGUGCAAAUGGCCCACCACUUCUUCGCUUAUUUCCAGUGCGCGUCAUCCUUAGACACGGACCCCCUGCCCCGCGUGGAGGUGGUUGUACCGACAGGGGCUGCAGGUAACCUUGCAGCGGGGUGCAUUGCUCAGAAGAUGGGCCUGCCUAUCCGCCUUGUCGUGGCAGUGAACCGCAAUGACAUCAUCCACAGGACUGUCCAGCAGGGCGACUUCUCUCUUUCUGAGGCCGUUGAACAGACCUUGGCAUCAGCAAUGGACAUUCAGGUGCCCUACAACAUGGAGAGAAUCUUCUGGCUGCUCUCUGGCUCCAACAGUCAGGUGACAAGAGCCCUCAUGGAGCAGUUUGAAAGGACCCAAAGCGUGAGCCUACCCAAGGAACUGCAUAGCAAGCUUUCAGGGGCAGUGACGUCUGAGUCAGUGUCGGAUGAGGCCAUCACCCAGACCAUGGCUCGCUGUUGGGAAGAGAACAAGUACUUGCUGUGCCCUCACUCGGCCGUGGCCGUGAGUUACCAUUACCAACAGAUGGAGCAGCAGCCGCCCAGCCUUCCCCGGUGUUGUCUGGCCCCCGCCUCUGCAGCCAAGUUCCCAGAAGCUGUCCUGGCUGCCGGGCUGACCCCAGAGACCCCUGCGGAGAUCCUAGCCCUGGAGAGCAAGGGGACACGCUGCACCCCGAUGCGGAAGGGUGACGACUGGACGCUGAUGCUUCGGAACACCAUUGAGGACAUAAGCUGCCAGCAGAGGGGUCACUUCCUGAAUGCUCUGGAGUAG